GUCAUCCCACGACCCGCCGGCUGUGUGUGUGUGCGUGUGUGUGUGUGUUUAUCUCUCCGUGUCAGCGCGUCCCCUUGUGUACGUAAUCUCGAGGCUAUACAGACGCACACACACACUCUUCUGUGUACACAUACACACACACACGUGACUGCAAGUUCCCAUACAAGGACUUUGACUUCACCUGCGCGGCGUUUUCCACCUGAACAAGAUGGAUUCGUCCGAGUUCCGUCAGCGCGGGAAGGAGAUGGUGGACUAUAUCGCCAACUACCUGGACACGAUAGAGGAGCGGCGCGUCACCCCCGCUAUCGAACCCGGGUACCUGAGGCGUCUGGUUCCCCUGGAGGCGCCGCAGAACCCCGAGCAGUGGGACGAUAUCAUGAAGGACGUGGAGGACAAAAUCAUGCCUGGGGUGACCCAUUGGCAGCACCCCAGGUUCCACGCGUACUUCCCCGCCGGCAACUCGUAUCCCAGCAUCCUUGGGGACAUGCUCAGUGACGGGCUGGGGUGCAUUGGCUUUUCGUGGGCAGCCUCCCCAGCCUGCACGGAACUGGAGACGAUCGUGCUAGACUGGCUGGGUAAGAUGGCGGGACUUCCGGAGCAGUUUCUCUCCUUCUCCGAAAACAGCAAAGGUGGAGGAGUUAUACAGGGAUCAGCCUCGGAGUGCGUGUUCGUGUCCCUGCUGGCUGCGCGCGCCCACACCAUCCGUCAACUGAAGAAGCAGCACCCGUACGUGGAGGAGGGGGUGCUGCUGUCCAAGAUGAUGGCCUACUGCAGCAAGGAGGCACACAGCUGCGUCGAGAAGGCCGCGAUGAUGGCCUUCGUCAAGCUGAGGAUUCUGGAGCCUGAUGAGAACCAGAGUCUUCGCGGCGCCACCCUCCAGCAGGUGAUGCAGGAGGACCGCGCCAUGGGUCUCGUGCCCUUCUACGUGGAGACGACUCUGGGCACUACCUCCUGCUGCUCCUUCGACAACCUCGCAGAGAUAGGGCCCGUCUGUGAGGAGUUUGGGGCCUGGCUGCACGUGGACGGAGCCUAUGGGGGUAACUCCUUCAUUUGCCCUGAACUGCGAGGACCCAUGAGAGGCAUAGAGUACGCCUCGUCCUUCAACUUCAACCCUAACAAGUUCAUGCUGACAAACUUCGACUGUUCCCUCAUGUGGGUUCGAGACCGGUUCAGGUUGACACAAGCCCUGGUGGUCGAUCCUCUCUACCUCCAACACUCCUACUCCGAGAGAUCCAUCGACUACAGGCACUGGGGCAUCCCGCUCAGCCGCCGGUUCCGCGCCCUCAAGCUGUGGUUCGUCAUCAGGAGCUUCGGGGUGGAUGGGCUGCAGAAGUACAUCAGGGAACACUGCCGCCUCGCCCGCAGGUUCGAAGCCCAUGUCAGGAAGGAGCCAAGAUUCGAGGUGGCCAGCCCCGUCCACCUCGGCCUCGUCUGCUUCAGGUUGCGCGAGUCCAAUCACAUCAACCAGAAGCUGCUGUCGUCCAUCAACGCCUCGGGGAAGCUGCACAUGGUCCCCGCCUCCCUCAACGACAGAUACGUGAUCCGCUUCUGUGUGUGUCGCCAAACAGCCACCGACGAGGACAUUGACUACGCUUGGGAGGUCAUUUCACAGUUCGCCACAGACCUGCAGGAGAAGAUACCGGAGAUCACCCUGGAGAACAACAACCAGCUGAAGGAGGUUAAGGAGAACAAGGAGGAGGAGGAGGCCGAGGAGGUGGAGAAGGAGGUGGAGGAGGUGUUUGACCUGAACGAGCGCAAGAAGAACAAGAGCCUACACUAUAAGAGAUCCUUCUUCGUGCGUAUGGUGUCCGACCCCAAGAUCUACAACCCCAAGAUCGUCCGCAGCCUGCCAGCAGCCAACAACCCGCGACGCCACACCAUGUCCGAGUCCUCUGAAGACAGCAACGUGUCCAUUAGCUCGCCAACCAUCGACCUGGACGUGCUCGGGGCCCUCAUGCAGCGCACCGACCUGAAGGAGGUGCUGCGGGAGGCGGAGAAGAAGGACCGCUUGACUCUCAUCACUAAGACCACCAGUGACCUAUCGGAGCGCAUCCUGGUGUCGCCGCCCCCCAAACACAAGCCCGAGCACUAGGCGAGGGGCGGGGCGCUCACGAAGGAGAGCGGGAGUUGCUGACUGAAUGGCUGAAUGGUUGGUUGACUGCCUGAUUGAGCGGCUGGCUAAGUGGUUGACUGAACGGCUGACUGAGUGACUGAAUGUUUGGGUAACUGAAUGAGUGAGUGAAUGGAUGGGUGGAUGACUGAGAGACUGAUUGAGUGAUUGAGUGGUUGAAUGAACGGCUGGCUGAGUGACUAUCUGGGUGAUGACUGAGACUGACUGAGUGACUGGCUGGGUGGAUGACUGAACGACUGAGUGACUGGCUGGGUGGAUGACUGAAUGACUGAGUGAGUGACUGACUGGAUGGAUAACUGAUUGACUGACUGACUGGGUGAACGCCUGGCUGUGUUUUAAAGCUGUUACCACGAGAACAGAAAUAAGGAAACGCGUUGUGAUGACUCAGGAAGGAGGGGGGACUCAAGCUGACUGGCUGAUAAAGUGGCGAAAUGACUGGCUGACCGGUGAAGUGGCUGGUCGCUUGGCUGGCUGACUGACUAACUGGGUGGGUGACUAGCUGCCUGCCUGGAUGAUUGGGUGAUUGAAGCUGUCAUUUCUAUUAAAGCUAUUUGUUAAGGGUGUUACGAAGGGGAUUAAGGAGAGUGUGAGUCUGAGAGAUAGCUGUAAGGGUUUAUUGAGGGCAUUUAUGUGUGUGCUAACUUGUCAAACGGGAGACUGGUGUUUACUGCGUUGAUAAUCGAUUCGUCGACGGAGAAGUAUACGCAUCCUUCAGCUUAUUGGUACAAGUUUAAAAGGAAAUACAUGACAGAUUGUAAACUUUGACGCCGACGUGAGAGCAUGUUUAGUUCUUGCACGAUUCUGGAUUAGCGAGUGAUAUUGAACUAGGCGUGCAUAGAGUGAUUAUUUUUUGCACGAUUCUGGAUUAGCGAGUGAUAUUGAACAAUUCGUGCAUAAAAUCAUUAGUUUUUGCACGAUUCUGGAUUAGCGAGUGAUAUUGAACAAUUCGUGCAUAAAAUCAUUAGUUUUUGCACGAUUCUGGAUUAGCGAGUGAGAUUGAACUAGGCGUGCAUGGAGUUACCUGAAGAUGUACCUGGGAAUAAGUUCAGGUGUGUAAAUGUCGUUAGGUGUGCGGAAAACGCCUUUCGGCCCUCAGGAAUAGACGCCAUCCAGGUCACUUUAAUUACAGGUGUUAUUUAUAGUCCACCUUAUAAAAAGCUUUCUGUUGAUAGUUAGUUUAAAGCCAGAUUCUAUGAACCUCGCAUUAGUAUGUAUUAACAGCUGUGUGGCUAGUUUGGCUUUUUACUUGCAUGUUUGGGACUGAGUUAAAUAGAAGUGUUGGAUGUUCACGGAGUAUUUUUUUUAGCAGCAAAGGAACCAGCUCAAGGGAAACGAAAAGAAAGUGUAGGAAAUAAAAGCCUGCUAAUCGCUGCUCCUAUAACAGAGAAAAGUAAAGAGAGGCCAGAAGAGAGGUUACGUCUUAAAAAAAUGAUAGAUAGAUAGAUAUAAAAAAAACUAACCUCGCUUUCAAAAACAGGUCAAGAAGGACAUAUCAGCCUCACUGUUGUUAAGACUAUAAAAGAGAAAAGUGAAGAGUGGCCAAAAGGGAGGUUGUCUUAAAAAGUGAUAGAUAGAUAUAAAACAACUAACCUCGCCUUCAAAAACAGGUCAGGAAGGUCAAAUCAGCCUCACUGUUGUUAAGACUAUAAAAGAGAAAAGUGAAGAGUGGCCAAAAGAGAGGUUGUCUUAAAAAGUGAUAGAUAGAUAUAAAAAAAAACUAACCUCGCCUUCAAAAACGGGUCGGGAAGGUCAAAUCAGCCUCACUGUUGUUAAGACUGAUACGACGUUAAAAAAAAAAAAAGAAUUCAGGCGUUAAAGUAUUGGCAUGAUAGUUCUCUUUCGUUUAAGUGAGUAUUAUUUUCCUAUUUAUUGCAACCUAUUUUGUGUUCCAUUUAUGUGUUUGUGUAUGUUUACCUUCCCCUGUGAUUCAUGCGGUGAUGCUGUGUAUGUGUGUGCACCCGUGUGUGUGUGCAUCUGUGUGUGUAUGUGUGUACGUGUUUGUCUAUAGAUAUUACACACUGUUACGGGGCCAACUUUUUGAUGUGAAUAAAUAUUUACCUCUUUUAUGCCAAAAACGUGAA